AUGAAUGCGUCUCACGGCAAUCACACCACUCUGACAUGGAAAUCGGAGUCGGUUGUAAUUUCUCUGGUCUUCUCCCUGAUCUUCCUGGUGGGCACUGUUGGGAACAGCCUGGUCCUCGCCGUGCUCCUCCGAAACGGUCAGAUGCACACAAAGAGCACCAACCUUUUCAUCCUGAAUCUCGGGGUCGCAGAUCUCAGCUUCAUCGUCUUCUGCGUGCCGUUCCAAGCCACCAUCUACACCAUGGACGAGUGGGUCUUCGGUCCCUUCCUGUGCAAAGCGGUGCAUUUUUUCAUCUACCUCACCAUGUAUGCCAGCAUCUUCACGCUCACCGCCGUGUCGCUGGACAGGUACCUGGCAAUCCGUUACCCUCUUCGCGCCAGAGAGCUGAGGACCCCCCGAAACGCCCUGGUGUCCAUCUUCCUGGUGUGGUGUCUGUCCCUGGUGUUCUCCGGCCCGUAUCUCAGCUACUACCAGCAGGUUGCGCUCAACGGCUCCGCCAUCUGCAUCCCCGUGUGGGACUUCCGAGAGCGCAGGGCCAUGGACGUGUGCACCUUCGUAUUCGGGUACCUGGUGCCCGUCCUCAUCCUGGGCCUGACCUACGCCCGCACCAUCCGCCACCUGCUGACGGCCACCGACCCGCUGGAGGAGGUGUCGGAGUCGCGGCAGGCCAAGCGCAAGGUCACCAAGAUGAUCGUGAUCGUGGUGGCGCUCUUCUGCCUCUGCUGGCUGCCGCACCACCUGGUCAUCCUCUGCAUGUGGUUCGGCCACUUCCCCCUCAACCAGGCCACCUACGCCCUGCGCAUCCUGUCCCACCUGGUGGCCUAUGCCAACUCCUGCCUCAACCCCUUCGUCUACGCCCUGGUGUCCAAGCAUUUCCGCAAGGGCUUCCGGAAGGCAUUCGGGUGCGCCCGGCGGGGGAGGGCUGUCGACCCGGCACAGGCGGGCGGGCCGGCAAACGCGGCAGUCAGCACAGUGGAGGGCGGGUCCACCGAGGCCCUGCAGGUCAGCGACGGCUGGCAGGGAGAGGCGGGCGGGGCAGCGUGGGGCGGGGCCAAGGGCGACAGUUACCAGCGGAAAAUGACCAGAAGCUUCAUGACCUUCCAUGUGACCUAG